AUGGCACCUCUAAUAGCUGUAUUCAUUUCGGCUGCGAUUGCGUGCGCAGCUUCAGCUUUGGAGCCAUUGCCAGAUCGUGAGACACUCACGAAGUGGCUGGAUGACAUAGAUAAUGCUGCUGCAUCUUCCAAGGUGGCAUGUCAAUUAAUCCCCCCUGGUCUACUAAAGCUUCGUCAAGGGUUUGAAUUGGGCUAUUUGGAUCAGUUACCAUUGACUAUUGGACGUGAUGAUGGCACGAGGAGGACUGCUCUGGAUUUCUCAUGCAAUGAAAAUAAGAAAUGGCUUAAUCCUUAUAACGGUGUGAACUAUGACAAGCCAGAUCAGAUCGCCAAUAUUGUCAGCUUACCAAGAGGGAUACUCGAAUUUAAUUCUUACCUUUGGAAGGACUACAAUGAGAUUAAAAGAACAUGGUCUGAUCAUGUUGAGUUGGAAAUAAUUCCAGGUAUUUUCGGCUUCAGUGCUUCUUAUAGCGCACUGCAUCACAAAAUCACAGCAGAAAAGAAAUUCGUGGAAGAUGUCACUAGCUUUGUGUCCGCUUUCAGAGCAGAGUUAAAACCCUCUUGGCAGAUUCAGCUAAACAGUGGUGCACGACAAUACAUCGACACUAUACUACCAAACACAUAUGAAGCAAACAUGGAAGCUUGGGAUAGAUUCGUGGAGUUUUAUGGAACACAUUAUUACGCGCAAGGCAGCUAUGGGGGUUUGUUAAAAAUGACGAUGGAGACGGAUAAGGAAUUUGUGUUGGAAACUAGUGCCGAGUCAACGAAGGCAAACGCGGAGGCAACAUUUAAGAAUUGGCUGAUUGAGCUUGGUGUAAGAACAUCAAGAGCUCAAAUUGAUGCUAAAUUUACUGAGAACACAAACAUCACCCGAAGAUAUUUUGGUGGCUCUGGGGUUUUAACUGACCCUAAGUUCUAUGAAAAAUGGGUCCCUACUGUGCACACAAACCCAUGGAUGUUCGCUGGGCAGCUACAACCAUUGUCUGUCCUUUUUCCACAAGCCAAGGUUGCUGGUAUGGACAGAGCUAUCCAGGUAUCACUAAAUAAGGCCGGCCUCAAUGAAAUGAAGGCUGCUAUAAAUGCUUACAUAACGGAUCUGCAGGAAUUAUAUUGGAGGGGUGACUGGGAAGGCUGUGGUUCAGGGGCCCAACCAGACCGUCAAUGCAGAAUCUUUGACAUCGUUUUCGUACAAGUUGGCUGCAUCUGUACUGGUUGUAAAUGGUUUCAUUGGAAGGCCCGUAGGGAUCAAUACAUUGCCGAGGCACAGGCGUUUCUCCCCCUUAUAGUUGCCGAGGAGAGGAAAAAAGGACGGGAUGAUAGAAGUAUAAGUAGAUUGUACAGUCGUGUGGGAGCUGUUCUUCAAAAGAUGGAUACAAAGGCCGUGAUGGUUAACAAGGAAGUGUGGUCAAGUACUACAAACUGUCAUUGUUCCCAGGGACGAUGCACCUGCAGAGGAUCAAACAUUCCCGCAGCACUUGUUAGAGCCCCGGAACCAUUUUUCAACAACUGGCCGUAUAACUCCUAAACAGAAGAAACGAAUUUGAUUGAGUACAUCAUUCGUCAUUGUGAUUAAUCAUUUAAUUGUCUG